GUGUAGAACGCCGCGAGAACUCAGUUGCUCACGAGCAUCCGUCGACUGAUGAACAUGGUCUCUUAUACGUCGAACAGCGCGAGUGCCGUGCUUGCGAUGUGCCGUUACGCUCUCUUCCUCGUGGUGGCAGUUGUGGCUCUCAGCAGAGCUGACAAUGCUGAGAGCGGUCUCAAGGUGGAGAAGCUGUACAUGCCCGAGGUAUGCGACGUCAGGUCGAAGAAGGGCGACCAGCUGACCAUGCACUAUACCGGCACGCUCCAGGACGGCAGCAAGUUCGACUCAAGUUUGGAUAGAGAUCAACCGUUCACCUUUCAGCUUGGUGUAGGACAAGUUAUUAAAGGAUGGGAUCAAGGUCUCCUGGAUAUGUGCGUAGGCGAGAGGAGGAGACUGACGAUACCACCUGAGCUUGGAUACGGCGAAAAGGGUGCUGGAAAUGUUAUUCCUGGUGGCGCUACUCUUACGUUUGAAGUCGAGCUCAUGAAUAUUAGCGAUUCGCCCCCAACCGCCAACGUCUUUAAGGAAAUCGAUGCUGACAAAGACAACCAAUUGUCCCGCGAGGAGGUGAGAGCAAUGGUAAGCGAUUACUUGCGGAAACAGGUGAUAGAAGCCGAGCAGGCUAGCGCUAGUGAAAAUGAAGACGUGAAAAAAAUGCUGGCCGAUCACGAUAAGCUCGUGGAGGAGAUCUUCCAGCACGAGGAUAAGGACAAGAACGGCUUCAUCUCCCACGACGAGUUCAGUGGGCCGAAGCAUGAUGAGCUCUGAAGUCUUCGUCCCUCAUCAUCGCGUCUCCGAGCGCCCGUUGUUGACGUCGUCGUCGCCUCAAUCGUCGACGACAUCGACGCGCCCCGCGCCACCACGUGUUCACCUCUGUAUAAAAUCACCUCUUCGAGUCCCCUCUCGGGUAUUCCCGCAGGAUCCACUGAUCGAUUGUGCCGAGUACACGCGUGCUCCAGCUCGCAAGACCGAGCGAAUUUAUCAGCAAACUUUUCCGAUACAGCACCACUGAUAACAGCGUCAGCGGGAUACGAUCCUCGGGAAUCUCCGGCUCGUCGAGUCGUACUCGUGUCCUUGAUUUCAGGAAACUUACAGGAGUAGGUGGACAUUUUUGAUUAACAACGAAGUUGGAAAAUUCGUAAAGUGAAAACUGUUUUCUGAAAAAUGCGGAAAAAGUCUCUGGGAAUUUUGAGAACUAUUUGAUGGCCCUAAGUAGCUUCAAGAAAUUUCCUAAUUUUUUUAAUCCGGAUUUUCUAAAGGAUACGAUUUCACUCGUUCGGAAUAUGAGCCACCCCAUCGUAAACGCACAACAUUACUCGAGAAUCUGCAGGGGGAAUCUCAACUGAUUUCCGGCGUAAUCGCCACCUGAACCUUUCCUAUCCUAGCACAUCUUGCUAGGAAGAUUUAUACAAUCUUUGUCGCUCAAUAAUAUGUUUGUUUUAUGGUAUUUAUCAUACAAUCUCUUUUUGAAAAUCUUUAUAACGCUACAAUUAUUUCUGCAGUCGUUUAAUUUUUAUAGUUUACGUUGAGCAGAAAUAUGAUUUUUUUACCAAAUAAAAUUUCCGAUAAAACACAAAUUUCUUGUUGCCUGGUAAAUAGUGAAAAAUAUAUAUCAAACCAAUGUUCCCUAUUAAGGUUCCGUUUUUCUAUUUUGUCAUUUUCAACCACUCUGAAAGUUUGCCGAAUUUCAAAGAUCCAUAGCGAAAUUUUCGCGGAUAUUCCUAAGCAGAAAACAUUCCGGCGCAACGACGUCGCUGUACAUUUUAAUACGAUAUAAGUAACAAAAAAAGAAAAAGAAAUUCACGGAUGUCUGCUCGAAUGACUGCACUGUAGUGGCAUAAAGUGAGAGGCUGUGUAUGUUUCGCACUAUAUAUAUUAUAUAAAAAUAUAAAGAGAGAGAAAGUGAGAUUGUGAUGAUAGAGCGAGAUGAAGGUGUGACGGAAAGAAUGUUUUUUCUACAUGAUUAUAAAUGUUAGCAUAACUAAAAGGCAUCGACGUACGGUGCCUGAAAAUCACACGCAUUCUGUCCUACUCUAAAAAAAAAAGCUUCCACCAACCUGUCCCAGUCAUAACGAUCCCUUGCUCGAGAGUCUCUCGCGCGCGCGCGAUAUUCACGUAGGAGACAAGAAGAGGAUGACGAAGAAAAGGAGAAAGAGGAAAUAUCCCGAGGAUGCGUAGUGGAGAUGAAUAUGGUCGCUUUUACGCGGGCAUCCCCUUAUCGCAUUAUUACAUUUUAACUGAUACGUUUUUAUUACUACAUUAUAUUGUAUGUUGUUAAAGUUGGAUGAUGGUUAAUAAUAAAUCGUGUGUCUCGAGCACAGUUUGUUAUAUAA